ACGAAAGGGUAUUCUGAAUGUAUAUAACCGAUAAAACAAACAGAAAGUAGAAAUUAUGAUAUCUUGAUCCGGACACUCUCCGGAAUUCCUGAAUUAAGCAAGUGUUGUCUCAUAUUACCAUAAUCACAACACUAUCUAUAUCUCUCAUCAACUGUACUCACUUGUGAACUGAUCUCUGUGCUUAAGUGCACCUAGCUAUAUCGUAUUCAUUAUAACAUGAUAUUGUCCGUUUGGAAAACCAUGACAUAGUAUUCUAAUUUUAGCGAGUGGGGAAUCUUUGACGUUUAGUAUAAUGAAACAUUGUUAAGCAGUCAAUUAUUGCAGCAUUGAAGCUCAGUUUAUAGAACAACCUAUGUGCAAGUGUCAGCGUUUCACAGUAUCAUGCGAGAGCUCCACUCCAGAAUAGCCAUCAUUGUUUAUCUAUUGGUUGACUGGACUUCAGGUAAGGUGACACAUAUUUCUGCACUAGACAGGUGUGGACAAUACGUGCAUUUCAAAGAUGAUAUUCCAUAUGACGUCAGUUGGAACGGUGAAAGUGGCACGUGCGAAGUGAGAUUCGCUAACGAUCGAGAGGACAAUAGUAUUUGUGCAAAAGCACACCAGUUCUCCGUUGAGUGUGGCUUUGAGCUGAGAUUUACCGAAGGUCUCGGCUUUAUACCAGUGAAGACAUUUACUUGUUUUUACAACAUCAGUCAGGUUCAAUUUUGUUCCAAGAAAGGCAGGAGCAUCAAUGUGGAGUUCUUCGCUAUCAGUCCGACCUCCUCAAAGGUAGCGCUGACCGUCAACCAAACCAAACCCGUAGAACAUCGAAGUAAUCCAUUCCUGGGAAUUGGCAUUGCUAAAAUAGCAAUUAGCUGUUUCACCCUCUUGGGUCUAACACUAACAUCUGCAAUCGUGUACGUAAAGCGACGCAAUGUAUUUCCCUGCUUUGCAUCCCCGCCAAGUACGGCAGUACCAACGACGACGGAUGACGUUGAUGUACCAGAAAAUUCAGGCAUGCUUCAGCCUGUAACAAUACCAACCAAUCAUGAAUAUGAAAAGGAAUACUUUCGGCCGGAAGCCGUGUAAGAAGUCAAGACAGAUUUUGGGUGGAGGUAUCAAUUGCAUUACGACACCUACAUUGCGUGAAGACCGGCACAUAACGAACAGAAAUGUAUCUAGUUUGUUUGAAUCACAUUCCAAAACAAAUAUUGUGUCAAGAAAGACAUAUCGCGUCAAAACACAUAUAUCAAUUCAUUACCCAUUUAAUGGGCCAAGAAUCACACAUCGCGUCAAGACCCUUACAUCAAAUAAUUACACAUCUAUUUGGUCAAGAAUCACAUAUCAAGUCAAGACCCUUACAUCGAUUCAUUACACAUAUAUUGAGCCAAGAAUCACACAUCGCGUCAAGACACGUAUAUCAGAGCAUUAUACAUCUAUUGAGCCAAGAAUCAUACAUCGCGUCAAGUCACGUAUAUCAAUUCAUUACACAUAUAUUGGUCCAAGAACCACACAUCGCAUCAAGACACGUAUAUCAAUUUCUUACACAUUUAUUGAGCCAAGAAGCAUACAUCGCGUCAAGACACGUAUAUCAAUUUAUUAUACAUCUAUUUGGCCAAGAACCACACAUCGCGUCAAGACACGUAUAUCAAUGCAUUACACAUCUAUUGAGCCAAGAAUCACACAUCGCGUCAAGACACUUACAUAUGGGUGGCGGUUCGGGCCAAAAACGAUAUACAGUAACGCGUUAAAAAAGUAACGCGUUAGAAGUGACUUUUAACGCGUUAGAACUGACUUGUAACGCGUUUAAACUUACUUUUAACGCGUUAGGAGUGCAUUUUAAUGUAAAAGUAACGCGUUAAAAUAUUUGUAACGCGUUAAAAGUCAUUUCUAAAGCGUUUAAAUUCACAUCUAACGCGUUACAAUAGUAAAUGCAUUGGCCAAUCAGAGAAAUCGUUUCAUAGUUCAUACAACCACGGAAUUAGAUUAAAAGUUUAGAUAGAUCUAUCGAGUUCCAGCUACGAAGAGUAGAAUGUAUAAAGGAAAGAUUUGUAAGAGAAAGCCCAAGUAUCAUCAAUGAUUUCAGAACUUGACUGGCAUACUGCCCAUUCCAUGUCUCUAUCUGUUAGGGCUUCUCUGAAACAUCUGUAAGCCAAACUUUCUCUUACUUCUCCAGGUGCUGUAGGAUACCCUAAUCUCACUAGGCGUUUGACAUCUUGGGCCAGAUCUGUCAGACUCUCAUUUGGUUUCCUUGUCUUGGAGGUAAUUUGAGCUCUGUACAUCUCGCACUGAUUUUUCGGUUCGAACCUAGCUGUUAAAAUGCUGACCAAACCUUUGAAUGAUUGCAUGUCUUCACACUUAAGAUCUGAUAUGACGCCUCUUGCUGUUCCAGUCAUGGAUGCAGCCAACUUAAGACUCUUCAUUUCAUCUGUCCACUGAUUCAACCUGGAUAUCAAUUCAUAGUGACUCAAGUAGUCAGUCCAACUGGAUUUUCCAUCAUAUGUGUCAGGUUUGGUAUAUCCAUGUUUUGGUUUCUUAUCAUCAUCUGACUUAGAGUUCAAACAGAUGGUGUUGGUUGCUGGUAAAGCUAUGAUAUGACUAUGGUCCUCAUUUAUUUCUACAAUUGGUGCAUUGGAGCUGGUAUCCUGUCCAAAUGAUUCCCUGUUUUGUUGGGUUGUCAUGUUUCUUUGUGUAGGAUUUUUCUCAAGAACACGGUCAAGACGUUCUAACACUUCUGAUAAGGUGUUUUCUACUGACUUCUCUAACUUUUCAUGAGAUUGGACCAUGGUUACCAUGUUAUUAUCUAUAGAAUUCACUUGAUCUUCUAGAGCCUCCACCCUUUCUAUGGUCUUUGCUAGUUC